UGCUUCAAGGACAAAGAGUGCUCAUGAGACCGCGGGGCCGAGCCGAGUGUUUCUCAAAAGUGUGACUUAAUUGUGAGAGUGCCGACUUAAUGAGGUCCCCGAGCUGUGUGUGUGUGUGUGUGUGUGUGUGUGUGUGUGUGUGUGUGUGUGUGUGUGUGUGUGUGUGUUCCCCAACCCCCUCAAAGUUACCAUCCCCUUUCUCCCCUAAGGUCCUUGCAGCGUCUUUUCGUACUUUUACAAUUCAAAGGUUACCUUUGAAAUACACACCUUCACAUUGAAAUGGAACUCUACAUCACAGUGAAGGCCAUCCUGAAGAGCACUCUCAUGGGCGCCGUGCUGGGCCUUGUUGCCCUGCUCGGCGGCGCGGCGUGGAAGGCCGCGACCACCGCCUCGCGGGCGUGCGAGGUGGUGCAGGCGUGGGAGGACAAGGGCCUCCACGCCACCAACCUGUGGCGGGCGCGGGAGAUGCUGGCCCGCCAAGGGUGGCUGGGCCCCCUGCGCCCUAACCCCCCUCUGGACCCCCUGGAGGCCUGCGGGCUGGUGCCGGGCGAGGCGUCGGCCUACUGGUGGCGGCUGCUGCUGCAGCCCCGCCAGGCAGGGCGGCUCCUUGCCUGCCUGGAGGAGCGGGUGGUCGAGGCCGAGCACGACCACGAGGCUUUCGGGGCCCGCCUGUGCUGGGGCGUCAUCCUGGCGCUGGUGGUGCCUCUGGGCCUAGUGGCCGCGCGUCGCCUCGUCCGCCGCUCAGUGAUGGGAGUUCGUGGGCAACAGGAGAGCCCAAGCAUCGACUGUUUUGAUGAUGCCCCUGAAGGCGAUGCCUGCGAGGCAUUGGUGGAAGAUUGGGCAACCCCGGCAGCCGAUGUGAGUGUAAAGGAGGAAACGUUGACUGCAGCGACAGCAGUUGUUGAAGAGAUCAAUGAAGAGGAAUGCUGGGCAACCCCAGCAGAGUAUGUGGAGGAGUUGAUGGUGAAGGAGGAGGAGAGAAAGGCAACGGAAGAUGAUGAAUCUGUAGGCGCAGAGGCUACACCUACAGAUUUACCCCCUGCUGCAGACGACUGUGUGGAGUGUGUGGAGGAGCAAGAUCCUGAGGAUAUGAAUGUGUUGAUCGCUGCAGAGAAUGCGGAGUAUGAGGAAGUGAAGGAAGAAAGCAGUGGCGAAGAGAACACGGAGGUAGAAAGAACAGAUAAUGAUGCGGAUAACAAGGCCGCCGAUAAAACAGAAGAAGCGGCCGAAGUGCCGCCAGUUCCUGGCGACUUUGUGCAGGACAAAGUGGUGAGCGAGGAGCCCGAGGGUCUCGCGGGCCAAGAGCCACAGAGAAGCACGCUCCCGACGGAGGCGUCGCCCAUCAAGGGGCAGACGGUCACGAAAAAGAAAAGGAAAAGGAAGCGCAAGAACCUUGACCCCGCCCAUGUGCUGAAGGCAUCUGGUGACGCACAUGUCAAAGACGAACACAAAACGGAUGCCAAGACUGACGUCAAGGAGAAGGCGGAGCCAAAGGAUGAGACCAAAGGAAAGGCGGUGCCAAAGGCUGAGGUCAAGGGAAAGGCGGUGCCAAAGGCAGAGACCAAAGGAAAGGCGGUGCCAAAGGAUGAGACCAAAGGAAAGGCGGUGCCAAAGGCUGAGGUCAAGGGAAAGACAGUGACUCCUGCUGAUGAGAAAAAGACCAAAGCAGUGAAGCAGAAUGUUACGGUGAAGCAGGUCACGCAGACGAAAAAGAAGCCUGUAGCGGCCCAGCCCAAGGCAGCCCCGCCCAGCCCGCCCCUCCACAGCGUGCGGCAGUCCUGGCAGGAGGACGUGGUGACGGUGCGGCUGCCGGUGCCGCCGGCCAGACGCAGGUACGUCAUCGGCCAGCGAGGGGACACGGUCCGGCAGUUGCGGCGGGACUACCCUGGCGUGCACGUGGCAGUGCCGCUGCCGAAGGACCCCGACACCCACGUGAUCUUCAGGGGCCCAAAGAGCCAGGCGGACGCCGCGUCGCGGGAAGUCGCCGCGCGCCUCCAGGCCAUUGAGGCUCAAAUCCGCGAGGCCGCGCUUCGGCGCCAGGAGGCCGUGACCACGGCGGUGCUGGACGUGGCGCCCAACAGGCGUCGUCUCGUGGUGGGCCCCGGGGGCGAGGAGCUCAUAAAGCUGCAGCAGCAGCACCCCGGCGUGAGGGUCUCCGUUCCGCCCGCCAUCGACACGGAGUCCAGCAGUGUCACCAUCAGGGGGCCGCCCGCUGAGGUGCGAGCCGUCCAGGCCAAGAUCAAGAACCGUCUGGCAGCGAUCGAGCGACAGCGGCAGCUCCUGAGGGCCCGCAGGCGGCGGCGACCCCGAGGAGCGGCUUCUGCGGCAGGGGCUUCCCCGGCCAAAAGUUGCUAAGGUGUUGACGCCAGUGUCGCGUGUUGCCGCUGCGUCAGUGCCCACAGUGUUGUGGCGGCCAGCGGGGAGUGUUUCAGUGUUUUAGCGGAGAUUACUUACUUAACUGUGUUUCUUACUUAACAUCUGAUCAUUUAUUAAAGUCAACCUUAGUUAUUUUCUUAUUAUAUCUUUCCUUUUAAUAACGAUUCUAACAUAUGCUUGCGGCCACUGAAAUAUUCC